UACUGAGACAUUGCGCAUUCCACAGCUCUAACCAAAAAGGCACAUUUUGUCCGUAGGAUAGGAUUUGCUGCGGAUAUCCGAGAAGCCUUUUUUAGGGAUGUGAACAAGGAUUGUUAUAGAAGAUAUUCAGAUCUGGACUUAUCGCCCUGGACUGUUAAUGUCACAAAGUGUUGGGACAUCUGGUCAAAGAGUGGACAGUUAACAAUGAGCCUGAUGUUUAGACAACUGUAACAUUGGGACAAAAUUCACAUCCCUUUAUAGAGCUGUCACAGCGGCACGGUACUCCAGGGACCAUAAACUGUCUGAAUCCCCCAUCUCCAAGCUCAGGUAAAAGGAAGGAUUUGGCUGUCAAAAAACUACUUUCAAGAUGGAUGAAGCACCUCCCAUGAUGUCUACUCCUAAAUCAUCCAAAUAUUCCACGUUCCCUGGGAUAUUACACAGCUACCAUCUAAGCUCUUUAACGAUUCCUCACCUAGAUUCCUCAUUUCUCUGGGAUAUUACACAGCUACCAUCUAAGCUCUUUAACGAUUUCUCACCUAGUAAUACCUAUGAUUUGGAUGGUAUGGAGUCUAACCCCAGCACUUCCUUCAAUAAAACCAUGUGCAGACUUUUCUCUUCCUGCCGGCACAGUUUGCGCUUACUAUCGAAUGGCUACUACGUUGUGGAUGACAGCUCAGUUUUGUAUAACGAGGAUGGAAGUGUAAUCAUCAGUCCAACAAAACCUAAUGUAUCCUACAAAGAGAAUUCCGUCAGGAUCUUUCGAAAGAGGCGUAAACAGUUAACGCUAAGAAAACUAGAGAUUGACAAUAUGGAGUGCAAGGAAUCCGAUUCGGAUUCGGAGGAUGACAACUGGGAUCCUCAGAGAGGAGAUUACAACUUCAGUCGAGAAAUUAUGCCGGUAACGUCGUAUCCUCUCGGGGUUUUACUCGAUCCCAUGGAAGAUUCGGUCACUGCUGAUGAAACACAAGACUCCCUGUCACAUUUUUCAUCUGAAGAAUUCCUGAGCAUUAACAAUGAAUCUGAUAAACAGAAAACUUGGAUCGGAAAAGCAGCGUUGUUUUCCUUGUUCUUCCUCUUAUUGCUGUGUGCAAGGUUUUUGAUGGCAGGACACGCUGGUCUGCUGACAGCUUUGCUCCUGCUCGUUAUUAUCUAUUUUGCUCUUCCACAAACAAGAAUUACUGAAGCUCAAAGCAAUCAAAAUGUUCAUGAGGAGAACGUCAUUCAUCGCCGUUGAUUGCUCUACUUACUAUUCAAAAUAGAGAAAAGAAACAAAAAUGACCAACUAGUUUUCUUAUUUAUGACUAUGUGGCUGGAAUAGGAUCUAAAAGUUAAACGCUUAGUAGGAUUAAUAGUGUUUGUAUGAAAAAAAUGUAACUUGUACAUAAUAUCAUCAAUGUCAUGAAUAAGCUGUGACAUAAUGACAGUAACAAUAUGUUACUUUUCUACCCAUCAUUGAGAUGUUAAAUGUGCAAGUGAUUGGGUUUGCUUAGAAGUCUACAAUUCAGUACAGUUAACCCAACUUUUCCUCUGGAGCCUAGGUGUGGCAAUAAUCUACAUUAUAACAGUAAAACCAUUAAUCAAGGGGGUUAGCAAAAAUAUAAAAGUACACCUACCAUUAAAGGGACACUAUAGUCACCUGAACAACUUUAGCUUAAUAAAGCAGUUUUGGUGUAUAGAACAUGCCCCUGCAGCCUCACUGCUCAAUCCUCUGCCAUUUAUGAGUUACAUCCCUCUGUUUAUGAACCCUAGUUACACCUCCCUGCAUGUGACUUGCACAGCCUUCCAUAAACACUUCCUGUAAAGAGAGCCCUAUUUAGGCUUUCUUUAUUGCAAGUUCUGUUUAAUUAAGAUUUUCUUAUCCCCUGCUAUGUUAAUAGCUUGAGAAUAACGGUGCUCCCUAGCUAGAAAACUAGCAGGGGGUACAAAGAGAGAUGGGUUUUAGGGGUGGCAACAAGGGCAUAACCCUGCA